UUGGGCCCCCGUCAUCGACAAGCAGGUUGACCUUUCUGCCUACUGAUAAUCCUCCGAUGAUCAAUGGCACUACCCGGACUGAAUCGGCUCCAGUGCGGAGAACAAUCCCACCCUCCCGUGGAAGCAGGCAGUUUGGCGUCUGGCUUGGUCCCUGGCACGCAAAGGGUAUUCCGUACAAUGUCCAUCAUUCUACCAGAAUUGCCUUCUACAGCCAGCCAGGUUUAGUUUGCGAUCCGUCGGGGAGGGAGGGGAGAGAGGCUUAAGUGAUGUGGCGCAUUCGGGCAAUAAUCGGCCCCUGAUGGUCUAGAAUGACCCGGUUGGGAGUCUGCUUGCUGGCUGAUGUAUGGUGGUUGUGGGCGUCGGUUGCCCGUUCCUAUCCACGGAAAUCUGGGUGGUUUUUUUUUCCAAGUCUCGAGUCGAACCUGCCGCUGAGUCAGGGGAUCGUAACGUGCGCGACACGACAUCAACAAAGAGAUGCGCGUAAGCUUAGUCAUCAAACCAAAAGUAGAUUCAUGGUCGAGCAGUUGCUUCUCCAGGUUAGAAGCGCAUUUGGUCAAUGGGAUCUGUCAUUUCAAGCAGUGCGAGUCAAGCGGGACCGGCCCAGGACACUUGAUGGCCCUAUACCAUGUUUGUAUAGGGCACGUUCACUUUUUUUUUUUCGCGGCCCUUCCCAUGGAAAAUGGGGCCGCAGGUAUGGAGAAUCGACGGAGCCGAUCCGGCCGAAGUCGAGACUCGAGCUCUCAGUUGCUGGCAGCUGCAAGAAUUAGAAAGACAGACCAGAGCGGAGCUCCAGCGGGAGAAGCCUUCGGUGCCUAGAUCGCGAUCCACGCGCAAAUCUUGUCGGAAAGUAUCGGCCCUGUCGAAGCUAAGCAAGCAGCGGCAGUAAUGCUGCUGCUGCUUGCUGCUAAU